UUGUACAGUGAAUCACCGGUGGAAAUUAACAAAACCACUCACAAAUUUCUCAGUCUUCCUUUCUUUAAGCCUGAAAUGCUUCAUCUCCUCACACUCCUCGUCCUCCUCUCCGCAGCCACGGCCGCCCAGAAAAACUCCAUCUUUCUCCUCGCCGGACAGAGCAACAUGUCCGGCCGAGGCGGCGUCACCGGAAACAGUUGGGACCACUUCAUCCCUCCGGAGUGCCAGCCGAGACCGGACAUCCUCCGCCUCAACGCCGGCCUCCAAUGGGAAGAAGCGGUUGAGCCCAUCCACGCCGACAUCGACGUGUAUGCAACGUGCGGCGUGGGGCCCGGCAUGCCGUUCGCGCACGCCGUCUUGGCUGCCGGCAGGGUGGCGACCCCAGUCCGUCUGGUGCCUUGCGCCGUCGGAGCUACGCGGAUCCGCGAAUGGGCACGGGGAACGGCGUUAUAUCUUAACUUGAUGCGGCGCGCAAGUGCGGCGAUGGCGGAAGGAGGGAAGCUGGCGGCGGUGCUGUGGUAUCAGGGUGAGACUGAUACGAUUUCCAGGGAGGAUGCGGUGGCUUAUGGGGGAAGGAUGAAGACUCUGGUUUCGGAUCUGAGGCGGGAUUUGGGGGAUCCGGAUCUGCUCAUUAUUCAGGUGACUGUUGUGGUGCCGAUUGAGCUUUAUGUUGAUUUGAGAGUUUGA